CAGAGUUCCCUAUGCUAUACAAUUUUCUAUUUUGUGCAUACAUUAUUUUGUAUAUACUGUAUAUGAUGACUUCGGUGAGCAGUGACCGGUCCAGAGGUGCUCGGGAAAAGCCACAGAUUUCAGUGACACAGGCAACACAACUACAGAAACAAGUGGUACAGGCAACAGCUGAACAGAUGCGUCUCGCUCAAGUGAUCUUUGAUAAAAAUGAUUCAGAGUUUGAAGCUAAAGUUAAACAGCUUAUGGAAGUGACAGGAAAAAAUCAGGAUGAAUGCAUAGUGGCUCUGCACGACUGUAAUGGAGAUGUCAACAAAGCUAUCAAUAUAUUGCUAGAAGGGAAUUCGGAUACGGCUUCAUGGAGACCUGUAGGAGGGAAGAAGAAGAAUUUUGGAAAAGAAAGUUCAGAAAACAAAGAGAAUAUAGAGAAGAGAAGUGAGAGAGAAGUGAGCCGUGGACGCGGAAACAACAACCGGAAAGUAAGAGGUGGCAAUCGUGGGAGAGAGUUUAGAGGUGAAGAGAAUGGAAUUGAUUGCAAUCAAGGGGACAAGCCUUCAGACCGUGGCAAGAGAGCUCGUGGUAGAGGAUUUGGACGUGGCAGAGGGAGAGGGGCAGGAAGAUUCUCAACCCAAGGCAUGGGGACAUUUAACCCUGCGGACUAUUCAGAUUCUCCAUCUAUAGAUGGGUAUGGGACAAAAACCGUCGUUUGGGAAGCUGCUCAGAAUGGUGCAGAUGAGGGAACUGAACUGGCAUCAAAUGCUCAAAAUGUAGCUCAGAAUCUGCCAAACAAAAAUUCUUUUGGACUCAAAGGGGCCUGGAAGAAUUCUGUGGACGAGUGGACAACGGAAGACUGGACUGAAGAUCUUUCUGAAACAAAGGUCUUCACUUCCUCAUCUGUUCCAGCAGAGCAUCAUGUCACACCUGGGCAAAGUGUUGAUCUGGUAGCCUUGCUCCAGAAGCCUGUUCCUCACAGUCAAGCCUCAGAAGUCAACUCCUUUGAAACUUCCCAACAGCAGGGCUUUGGCCAAGCCCUUGUCUUCACAAAUUCUCAGCACAGCAAUCAGAUGGCACAGGGCACUGGCAUCUCCACUGCCGUCAAUCCCUACCCGCCUCAGAGUCUGUCAUCCGUCCUUGGUUCAGGAUUUGGAGAGCUUGCACCUUCCAAAGUGGCAAACAUCACCAGCUCCCAGAUUUUGGACCAGUUGGAAGCUCCGAGUUUGGGCCAGUUUACCACCACCCCAAGUUCACAGCAGAAUAAUACAAGUCCUCCCACAACCACUUCUUCUUGGGACCUCAAGCCCUCAGCAUCCCAGUCCUCAGUUCUUAGUCAUUUUGACUUCAAAUCUCAGCCUGAGCCAUCCCCUGUUCUUAGCCAGCUGAGCCAACGACAGCAGCAGCAGACUCAGGCAGUCACUGUUCCUCCUCCUGGGUUGGAGUCCUUUCCUUCCCAGGUGAAACUCCGAGAGUCAGCACCCAGAGACAGCAGUACCUCCACUGUGAACAAACUUCUGCAGCUUCCCAGCGUGACUGUCGAAAACAUCGCCGUGUCUGCUCACCAGCCACAGCCUAAACACAUCAAACUCCCUAAGCGGCGAAUACCUCCAGCUUCUAAGAUCCCAGCUUCUGCAGUGGAAAUGCCUGGUUCAGCAGAUGUCACAGGAUUAAAUGUCCAGUUUGGCGCCUUGGAAUUUGGAUCAGAACCAUCUCUCUCUGAAUUUGGAUCAGCUGCAAGCAGUGAAAAUAGUAGCCAGAUUCCCAUUAGCUUGUAUCCGAAAUCUUUAAGUGACUCUUUGAAUACCUCCCUAGCAGUGACCAGUGCAGUGCAGAACUCCACCCACACAAGUUCAGUCAUUACCUCCUCCAGUCUGACAAGCUCAUCGCUGAGUUCCACUAGUCCCGUAACAACGUCUUCCUCCUACGACCAGAGUUCUGUGCACGACAGGAGCGCAUACCAAAGCUCUGUGAGUCCAUCGGAGUCAGCUCCAGGAACCAUCACGAAUGGACAUGGUGGUAGUCGAAGUCAGCAGACAGUAGACACUCCAAGGACCACAGACCCUCCCUCCGCUCUCCCAUCCGUGGGCUCCCUGCCCAGCACCACCUCCUGCACUCCGCUUCUGCCCUCUGCACCCCAGCACACUGCCGCUCUGCCCUCCUUGUCCCAGCCUGGUGACCUGUCCAGCAGCCCCCUCUCUCAGCUUAGCAGCUCCCUCUCCGGCCACCAGAGCAGCCUCUCCUCCGCGCACACGGUGCUCUCCACCAGCACGUCACACACGCAUGCCGGCGUGGAGAGCUCCCCUUCCCUCCAGUCCUCAGCCACCUUCUCAACGGCAGCAACCUGUGCCUCGAGUGCCGCGUCCUCAGGGCUCAGCCUGCCGAGCAGCAUGAACACGGUCAGCAGCCUCUGCCUGGGCGGUACCGCUGUGAGUGCCCCCAGCAGCAGUGCCAGGGCCACGCCCUUGGUGACCUCAGGCAAAGCGCCCCCCAGCCUGCCCCAGGGGGCGCCUCCCCUGCUGCACAGCCAGUACCUCGUGGGCCCCGGAGGACUGCUUCCUGCCUACCCGAUUUAUGGCUAUGACGAGCUCCAGAUGCUGCAGUCACGGCUGCCGAUGGAUUACUAUGGGAUUCCUUUCGCUACACCCGCAGCCCUCGCCACUCGAGAUGGGAGCCUCGCUAAUAAUCCCUAUUCAGGUGAUGUCACAAAGUUUGGCCGAGGAGACUCUGCGUCCCCUGCACCUGCCACCACCCUGGCUCAGCCCCAGCAGAGCCAGUCCCAGGCCCACCACACAGCCCAGCAGCCCUUUCUGAACCCUGCCCUGCCACCUGGCUACAGCUACACUGGCCUCCCCUACUAUACAGGCGUACCCAGUGCCUUCCAGUAUGGGCCCACCGUGUUUGUCCCUCCGGCCUCAGCCAAGCAGCACGGUGUGAGCCUCAGCAGCCCCAGCACCCCUUUCCAGCAGGCCAGUGGCUACGGCCAGCACAGCUACAGCGCAGGUUACGAUGACGUGAGCCAGGGGGCAGCAGCGGGAGACUACACCAAGGGUGGCUGUGGUGGAUCAUCGCAGGCACAGAGCAAGUCUGCAGGUUCUGGGCCUGGCAAAGGAGUGUCGGCGUCUUCGAGCGCCCCCGGCCUCCCUGACGUGACUGGGUCCGUCUACAGCAAGACUCAGACUUUCGACAGGCAGGGAUUUCACGCGGGGACCCCGCCGCCGUUCAGCCUGCCCUCGGCCUUGGGCUCCCCUGGGCCCCUGGGCCCCGGUUACGCGCCCUCACCGCUCGUGCACGUCCUGCCCGCCCACCAGCAGCCUCACUCACAGCUGCUGCACCACCACCUCCCGCAGGACACUCAGAGCGGCUCCAGUCAGCGCAGCCAGCCCAGCUCCCUGCAGCCCAAGUCGCAAGCCUCCAAACCUGCCUACGGCAACUCUCCAUACUGGACAAACUGAACCCUGAAGAGGGGGUGGGCCGGGGCGGGGCCUACCCCGGGCAGGAGAGAGCACACGGAGCCCGGCGCCCUUCCCCAGAGCUUCUGAGACGUGCAACUGUGUCAGCCGAGCCUCUGUGGGGAGCCUGCCUCCCAGACUCCCUGUUGUAUGUAAUGUAUUUAUGUAUGUAUUUGUAAAUGUGGUAGAAGGCUUGGGGGAGGGGGAGCAGCUGCUCCUCUCCCCACUCAAGCCCCUUCCCGCUGUAGCAGAAGCAGCCCCCUUCCCCCCUUCUGCCUUCAGGCCUUCUACAGAGCCCCCCGGCGGGCAGGGUCUGGAAGGGCUGGCUCGAGGCAGUUUGGGUACUGGGGUCAGGUACCAAUGAAGAAUCACGACUCAUCUCGCUCCCUUGUAAACCAUUAUUUGAGUUUUCGUCCCUGUGUAAUUAUUUUAUCCCUUGCUUUUUGAGAAACUGGUCCUUUUGUCAUCUUUCAUGUUCCCCUCCCUCCAAACCUUGAUCUGGGAAUGGCAGAGAGAUAGCCCUGCCCCACACCCACAUAGAGGUGGCACCUGUUUGUCUCCACAGAGAGCAGGGGCUUCGGCUUCUGGUCUGGUCUUGUCCCCAGAGACUUGCCUUCCUCUGGCUGACCAUUUCUAAAAUAAUCUGAAUUUGCGCUCAGAGAUACUCAGCCAGUCAGCUCCCCUUUAAAAAAAAUAAUCAAAGAUAUGCUUUCAUCUCAGUGACAGCAUGUCUCCAAGCAAAGGCUCCUCUAUUCCAGUCGUCCUGAACCAGGUGGGCGACUGUUUCAGAGGUUUUCUCUUUUGCCCAAACUCCACCUAAUAAAGUUCUGAGAGCAUA